AUGCAGACAAACGCUGUUCCUAAACAGUUUGCUAACACGUCGGAACCGUCGCAAUCGCCACCGCAACCGCAGGGGGGUGAGCGCCACGGUGCUGAGGGUUUAGGGAAACAGGAGCAAGAACAUCAACAUCAACAACAGCCCAUGAGUAAAGCUGCUGUGGAGACCGCUGCCGCUGCAGGAAACGCUGUGCAGCAGUCACUCCUGCCCCAGCGGUCUACCGUAUCCAAGGGGAAGUACACGCUGAACGAUUUUCAAAUCAUGCGGACACUUGGGACAGGCUCGUUUGGGAGGGUGCAUCUGGUACGGUCCGUGCACAACGGGAGGUACUAUGCGAUCAAAGUGUUAAAGAAGACACAGGUCGUGCGGAUGAAACAGAUCGAGCACACGAACGACGAGCGCAGAAUGCUAAAAUUGGUCGAACACCCGUUCCUGAUCAGGAUGUGGGGGACUUUCCAGGACGCUCACAACUUGUUCAUGGUCAUGGAUUACAUUGAGGGUGGUGAAUUGUUCAGUUUGCUGCGUAAAUCGCAGCGGUUCCCCAACCCGGUGGCCAAGUUCUAUGCCGCAGAAGUCGUUCUUGCAUUGGAGUACCUACACUUCCACAACAUCAUCUAUCGUGACUUGAAGCCGGAAAACAUCCUGUUGGACAGAAACGGGCACAUCAAGAUUACAGAUUUCGGGUUCGCCAAGGAGGUCGAGUCCGUGACGUGGACGCUGUGCGGUACCCCGGACUAUAUCGCACCGGAGGUCAUCGCCACAAAGCCGUACAACAAAUCCGUCGACUGGUGGUCCCUCGGGAUACUCAUCUUCGAGAUGCUUGCCGGGUACACGCCCUUCUACGACUCGACGCCGAUGAAGACGUACGAGAAGAUCCUGCAGGGGAAAGUGAUCUACCCGCCAUUUUUCCACCCGGACGUCGUCGACUUGCUUUCAAAACUCAUCACAGCAGACUUGACAAGAAGAAUCGGGAACUUGCAAAGCGGAUCGCAGGACAUCAAGCAGCACCCAUGGUUCACAGAGGUUAUCUGGGAAAAAUUGUUGAACAAGGAUAUCGAGACCCCCUAUGAACCACCAAUCACCGCAGGCGUCGGGGACACGUCCCUCUUCGACCAGUACCCUGAAGAACGCUUCCACUACGGUAUCGAGGACGCGGACGAUCCCUACCAUGAGUACUUUCUCGAUUUCUAA